CGGGCCAAUUUAGUUACAGUUGACACUCAUAAGAGCUGCUUCUGGUGCCAGACGCAUAAUUGACAGAGAACAGUCAGACGGCUUCAUCUUUGCUCACGUUAGAAGUCUCUGUAAUAAUGGACAAGAACGCAGAGGUGUUAGCGUGUGGCGCUUCAAUUAUGAAGGAUGUCUGGGAAAUCCGACUGAGGGAGUAUCGACAGAAGCGGCAGAUGGAAGAGGAGAGGAUACGGAGGAGUGCUUUGGAAAGAAUCAAUCAAGAUUGGCAUGCGCGCAUGACCUCCAAGAUAAAAACCCUGAAGAGACUGGAGAGGAAAGCAAAGCUUCCUGAAGAACCAACCCUUGAUGCACAGAAGGCCAAAAAUACACAUUUGGGAAGACCUCAAGGUUUCCAGAGCAGUCGGAUUCAGAAGCAGGCGGACACGGCAAAGACCACAAAAGCCAGUAAACUGGCCCUGUUACGCCACCUCAACGAAAGCUGCCCGGGGUUGAUGGUUUGGGCAAAGUCCUGGAAGUUCUCUCAACCAUUGCCGAAACCUGAAGAAAAUCCUUGUGUGGUCAACUGGGGACAGUCAUGGAAGUUUCUCAAUCUUCAACCAAACACGGAGAACAAACCCUGGUGUGAUCUUGGUUUUGAUGCCAACAAUAAUAUAAGCACCAAUGAUGUGCUUCUAUGGGAGAAGCUCAGCAAAUCCUUAAACUCUGAGUGGAUUCAGCCAGAUCUGGUCACUGCAGAAUUGGAAAAGUCGUGGAAAUUCACUCAGAAAGCAAGAGAGCCUAAUGAAGGCACAAGUAAUUGUGCAAAUAAAAUCCAAGAGAAAUGUUAUGAGCUGUGGGGGGAAAGUGCACCAGAAUGGCAGGAGUCAUGGAAGUCAACGAAGCAUGUUAAAGAAGCAGAAAUCAGGAUGGACAUUCAGCCAUCAGCUAAUGAGGAAAAGCAAUCUGAAUGUCCCUGGGAUAACUCCUGGAUGUACUUUAAGAAGCAGCUCCAUACAAGUGAUAAUUCAGCUUGGAAAGAAUCUUGGAGGGUUGCAAAUACCACAUCAAGACCAGAGUCGAAAUCAGUGCAGUUUCAAGCAGCGGUGCCUGAGGAGAUGCAUCACGACAUCUACAACAUGAUAAUGAACAUGUCUAGAGAGAUGACGCACGCAAUUCUGUUCGGUGAGAGGGAUCCGCAGCCAUCUGAGUGGGAAAAAUCUUGGAAGACCAUUAAAAAUCAGUCAGAGUAUAAAGAAGAGAUAAAUAAAGCUGAGGUGGAAGUGAAGGUUGAGACACAGAAACCAGACAAUUCCAAACAACAAGCUGAGCGUGUGAAAUUCGACAUACUUGCUUUGCCAAAAAUCCAGAAGAAGCAAGAGAUGCUUCAUUCCCCAAAGGAAAUAGAUUGGAAUGAUUCCUGGAAAAUGUUAAAACGCCACUGUGGAGAGGAACGAGGAUUUAGGAGCCCAAGAGGUCCACUUCAACAAUUACCAACACAAACUCUCAACGAAUGGACUGAUUCUUGGAGAUUCACAAACUUAACUCUCAACCAAGAUGCUGGUUUAUGGGAGCAGGGAUGGUCCACCAAUACUCAGCCUCGGCCUAUUAGAAGAGUGCAAGAAAAUGAGGAUUUCCCACAUAAUGGACCGGCAGGGGUUCGCGUCUGGUCUGAAACCUGGAGGUCCACGAGACGUCAGCAUCUUGCGGAAAGACAAGGAGCAAGCGCAUCAACUCAACCAAUAUGUCGACAUGCAUACGCAAGAUCUGUCGCCGACUGGGAUCAAUCAUGGAAAUCAUCAACUCAUAAGCAUCAUGAUAGACCCUCCAUGACAGAUUGGGCAGAUUCUUGGAGGUUCUCCAACUCUGAAGAUCUCCAACCAGAGUAUUCGUGGUUUGAGAAGUCAAUGGAAAUUAAAGGGAGAAUCUGCAGAGCAUCUAAUGCAUUUCACAGACAUAUGGAUUCCCAAGACUGGAAUGACUCUUGGAGGGUGAAGAAGACGGUUGAUGGACUUGCGCAUCUUAUGAAGAAUGAAGUGCUGGAUUGGGAUAAUUCUUGGAUGUUUUCCAGCACAGGGUUUUAUCAAAGACAAGGUGAAGUUUACUCGAAUUUCCAGACUGAUGUCAGAAGCAAUGCAAUGUUAAAAUCAGUCCAGAUGGAGUGCAGUUCAGAUUGGGUUCGGUCAUGGAAGAUGUCGAACCCACAACCCCCAAAGAACAUCACCUCAUGGGUUGAUGCAAAGUCAUUCAAUGCACAGAACAAUGCAUUGAUGCUAUGGUCGAAACACAAACACAUCAAUUAUUUACCUUCUGCUUUGGUCAAUGACCUGCAGCUGAAUAUCUGGAGCAAGUCUUGGAGGUUCGUGAAGAUGGAUGUUGACUCAAACCUGCGAGGUGAAUCUGUCAAAACGACAAAGAGUCCAGCGGUCAUGUGUUUGAACAUAGAUCAGCAGAAACCGCAGGAGAAGAGAUGGAGCGAUGCAUGUAAAAUAGCCAAGAUGCAAACGAAGCGAUCUAAAUCAAGCCACAAUGAAGACAAACAUGAACAUGAGAUGUUCGCAGAAUGGACUGAAUCUUGGAAAUUCUCAAAUAAUCUAAAAAGCCAUGACCCUGCAAUGGUUUCUGUUUCACUGGGAAAUUGGAGAAACUCCUGGAAGUUUCUCCUUGAGUCGUAUGCGCCAGUGAACGGCCAGUGAGUCGGUAAAGAUUAAAGACUUUGCAGGUUUCAAGAGUGCAGCUCUUCAGAAAUCAUUUAAAAUACAUGACGGAUGAUGUUUUAAAAACUUCUACACAUUCGACCCCAAAUAAAGUUGUUCAUGCAAUUGC